CUCAGUCUCCAGCUCUCAGCAGCAACACCGCACAAGCGAGAGGUAGCUACCACAGACAGACAGGGGCACAAUGCGGCCCUUACCCAAGAGACCCGGGCCUCUCCUUGUCCUCCUCGUUGUCGCAUUCGCGGCCGCCACCGGCGCCGCCGCCUCCUCCGACGCCGCCGGCACAAGUGUCCCCUUCUACCCCUCCGCGGAGGCCGCCGCGGCCGCUCACUGCGACGGCACGCUCUACCCUGACGUCUGCCUGUCCACGCUGUCCAACAUCCCGGACCUGCACAAGAAGCCCCUCCCGGACGUCAUCUGCGCCGCCGUGAACCGCACCGAGGACGUGGUGACGGCCACCGCCUCCAACUGCUCGUCGUACCUCCGGGAGAGGUCCCUGAGCGCGCGCGACCGCCUUGCCAUCAGCGACUGCCUGGAGCUCCUGUCCACCACCAUGGACGACCUCCAGGCCACGGUGGCGGACCUGGAGUCCCCAUCCGCCACCAACGGCUCGGCGUCGGCGGUGGGCGCCCGGCGCGUGACGUUGGACCACGUGAUGACGGUGCUCUCGGCGGCCAUCACGAACCAGUACACCUGCCUGGACGGGUUCGCGUACCAGAACGGCGGGCGCGUGCGGCGCUACAUCGAGCCGACGCUCCACCACGUCUCCCGCAUGGUGAGCAACUCGCUGGCCAUGGCGAAGAAGCUGCCCGGCGCGUCGCCGGCGGCGCCACGGCAGCCGUUCACGGGGUACGGGCAGAUGGUGAGGGGGUUCCCGCGGUGGGUGCGGCCCGGGGACCGGCGGCUGCUGCAGGCCCCGGCGUCGGGCAUCAAGGCGGACGCCGUGGUGGCCCAGGACGGGAGCGGGGACUACACGACGGUGUCGGCGGCCGUGGCGGCGGCGCCGACGAACUCGAAGCGGCGGUACGUGAUCUACAUCAAGGCCGGCGCGUACAUGGAGAACGUGGAGGUCGGGAAGAAGCACGUGAACCUGAUGUUCGUCGGCGACGGCAUCGGGAAGACGGUCAUCAAGGCCAGCCGCAACGUCAUCGACGGCUCCACCACCUUCCGCUCCGCCACAGUCGCUGUGGUGGGCAAGAACUUCUUGGGCCGCGACCUGACGAUCGAGAACUUUGCGGGCCCGUCGAAGCACCAGGCGGUGGCGCUCCGCGUGGGCGCCGACCUCUCGGCCUUCUACCGCUGCAGCUUCAUUGGGUACCAGGACACCCUGUACGUGCACUCCCUCCGCCAGUUCUUCCGCGACUGCGACGUCUACGGCACCAUCGACUUCAUCUUCGGCAACGCCGCCGUCGUGCUCCAGAGCUGCAACCUCUACGCCCGCAAGCCGCUCCCGAACCAGAGCAACAUCUUCACGGCGCAGGGCCGCGAGGACCCCAACCAGAACACGGGCAUCUCCGUGCAGCGCUGCAAGGUGGCGGCGGCGGCCGACCUCGUCGGCCGGGAGGCGGCGACGCGGACGUACCUGGGCCGGCCGUGGAAGCAGUACUCCCGCACGGUGUUCAUGCAGUCGGAGCUGGACUCCCUGAUCGACCCGGCCGGGUGGCUGGAGUGGAACGGCGACUUCGCGCUGGACACGCUCUACUACGGCGAGUACAAGAACACGGGCGCCGGCGCCGGCACCUCGGGCAGGGUCAAGUGGAAGGGGUACCGCGUGAUCACCAGCGCGGCGGAGGCCAGCGCAUUCACCGUCGGGUCCUUCAUCGACGGCGACGUCUGGCUCGCCGGCACGUCCAUCCCCUUCGACACCGGCUUGUGAGCGCUAGUAGCGAUUCAUCAUUCAGUGAUGCAUGCAUGCUGAUUCACAGUAUGCCGGGGAAGAAGAUGUGUAGCAAACAAUAAAUGGGUGGUGGCGUCAUCAAGUUGAGAGAGGUGUGGAAAGGCACCGAUUGUUGUUCGGUCGCUCGUGUUGCUGCCGUUGAUUCUUUUUGCGUCGUUCCAUCUGUAUACGUGCCAUUAUUGCAUGAACUCGAUCGGUACACGGGUCCGAAUGAAUGAACUUAAUACUCCAUAUAUAUAGCUACGUUGAAA